CCGUUCAAAUGUCACCGCGCACAGAGGCGACAGUCAGAAGUCAGAAGAAGAACUUGAUCUUGACCAAGGCGUCGCGGUUCGUGGGAAAAAAUCAUAAGACGCGUUUAGUACUUGCCAGAAACUCGUCAUAAACGGCUUGUUGCCAAUUCUUUUGAUCGUCGACUACAGUAUUGAAGCCUAAACACAACUUUUGGAGAGCCUGGUCCAUAAGGAUUUUAACUUUCUCCAGGUACUUUGCGAGCCACCUCCUAUCCCGCAGGGGUGUGUGUGAGAGAGGUGUCCCACGAUGCGCUGCCUUCUCCCGGUCGCCGUGUAUUGCAUCAGCCUAUUCUGCUUCCAGCAGCUUCUUGCCCUUCCAGUUGGCAACCAUCUUCAGUGGAGCAGCUUGGAUCUCCUCCUUGGCAGACCCCUUCAGCCGGUGGAGGGGAGCAAACCGCUCCCCCAGGAUGCACCCACCUCCCCUCCCUCUGGUACCGCCGAUGCCGAGCCCUCCCUGGACUUGAGCCGCACCUUUUUCUGGAGGGCGAUACUUGUCAGAGGAGCCCCGCUGACCCAGACAGCCACCACCACUGUCACCAAUACCCCUCUUUUGUCGGACGGAGAAGACGCGGUACCCAAGCGGAGAGGUCGUCGCUAUGCCAACACCCACUCGCGUGGGCACCACACGCAUCACGGUCAGCCCCAGCUUAUGCGCGUGGGGUGUGUGCUGGGCACGUGCCAGGUACAGAACCUCAGUCACCGCCUCUACCAGCUGAUUGGCCAGAACGGCCGCGAUGACUCCUCCCCCAUCAACCCGCGGAGCCCGCACAGCUACGGAUGAGUUGCUGCGGCAACAGCCCUCAAGACAUGACAUCAUCUAACCAAGACAUGACAUCAAAACUUUUCUUAAUCCCUAUCUAUAGUUGGUGUAUAGUUCGUAUCGCAGAAAAGCCUUUUGCUUUAGAGGCUGAUGUAGUCCACAUGUUUGCGUCCCCCCUCUCCCUUAAGUUAAUGCUUGAUGAAGUGUCCAUCUUCCCAGAGGAGUUUCCAGUGGCUUUUGGAUGGUCAGAGCUGACCUACAGUUCCUCCAACAGGGACCAAUGAAGAGUGACCGACUUGCUAGACAUGGCUGGACAUUCACUGCACCACCCACCCAACUACUUACACACACACACACACACACACACACACACACACACACACACACACACACACACACACACACACACACACACACACACACACACACACACACUCACACAUCCUUCUCGGGCAGCAGAGGUGCCUCAAAUUGACACACUAAUCCUGUUAACAUGAGUGUAAAGGCUUCUUAACCUCCAACAUCAUCCCUCUCUGGACCUUGUGAUGCCAAACCGUCCUGGCCAGACUUUCCCGUGGCCUUUGAUGCCUGUCAGCUUCUACUCCGCUGGGCAAAUGGACGACUCUUUCAAGUGGAGUUUUCCCCCCUGAGAGUGGGGUGGGGGUGUGUGGCACAGGAUUGAGUCUGGUGCCAGUGAUGAGGGGAGCGCUGGACUGACUUCUGAAAUUCCCCCUGAACCCUCUCAACCUGCCCCACACAGGAGAUUCAGACCACCCAGUGUCAAAUGGACUUCUCCCAACUGGCAAAGGCCCAUCCCUCUGUCUCUCUCACUCUCUCACACACACACACACACACACACACACACACACACACUCCACAGAAGGCAGCCACUAAGUGGACUGCGGUGACAUGGUCAGUCAUCAUUUGUGUUCCCCUUUUAUUUAAUUUUAUUUAAUUUUAUUUUAUUUGGCAGUCAUUGCUACUGUCCCUCCUGUCAUUGCCACAGUAUUCGGUGGGUAUGAUACAUACAGUCCCCCAGCUCGCCACCAUCCUUGAUGCAGAUUAGUGUAGUUCCCAGCUAAUGUACAGUCACCAUGGGUGGGAUGGGGGGGCUGAGAGCCAAAUAUGAGCCCCCACCACCUCAACGUGACUCGUGACUCGUGACUCGUGACAACGUGAAAACGUGAUAAAUCAUGACUUUCCUACCAGUGGUUAUUAAUGAGCCCUAAUCUGAGUGCCCACAUCACAUGGAAUUCACUGACCUUGUGGGGCCCCAACAGUCCUCUGUUCAUAGGGAGCCACCACAGCACACACACACACACACACACACACAGAGACACACACACACACACACACACACACACACACAC